ACUGAUGAAAUUUUGAUUUGUGUGCGUUUUUAAAUCAGUAAUUUUAUUGAAAAUAACAAACAAUCUUAUAGUGAAAAAGCUUUCAUCGUAUUAUUUUACCUAUCUACAUUGUUUUGUAACAGUUCAAUUAUACGUGUAGAAAAUAGUGUCAUGCCACAGUGAUGAGUGAGUGCAGGGAGCACAAGCCGCUGCUGCGGGAGACGUGGAGCGACGAGGAGGUGCACGUGCACCCCCGUGACCCACGGAGGCACGCGGGGGCACGCGCCAGGGGCAGGGUCAAAGGGGCCGCAGCCAUCAUCGCGGGCUGGCCAGAUCACUGGUCAACAAUCUCCCACUGUUGGAUAGCGCUGGGCGUUCUGUCAUUGGUCACGAUGCUCCUCUACAACGCCAUCAUCGCAUUCGCUGUGUUCCCAGCCGCCUACUCCAGGAUCAAAACCUAUGCGAAAUUUCAACAGUAUGUAAACGCAGACAAACUCCCUGACAUCACCAUUCCCAUCUUUGUCAAUGACGAUAGAGAUCUAUACUACCUUAAAUACCUGCCAUACAUUGAAGUGAUUGCAGAAAAAUAUACAGAAUUCAAAUUCAAUGUAUUAUUAGUAAAUGAUAACAAGCAUAAUUCUAAUAAUAAUAGUGAAAAAUCUGCAAACGAUGAAGCCAUGGAUGAUAUUUUAACCCAAAACAGCCAUUACGAUUAUGUUCAUGUGCAAAAAGUUUCACUUCAUCAGUUGAUGGAUAAUUCUCCAUUAAACGAGACGUGGCAUCUAAUACAUCCAAAGUUUUAUCCCUUUUUUGUUAGAGCUCUCUCCAUCUGGGAAACAGGUGGAAUAGCAUUUAACCCGAUCAUAUUGACCCCGAACUCUCCCCGCUUAAUUUAUAUAGACAAAUUGCAAAACAUAUUUGAGAGAUAUUCUAAGAGAAAUCAUGGGCAAGAAAAGCAGGAAAGGAAAGCUAAAUUUAUUUCAAAGAUGGCCAGCAUUGGUAUGACUACACCAAGACGACGAGUCAACAAUAUACGAGAUGUUAUAGAAGCUUUAGAAGAUAAUGAUUCUAUGAAGAGUAAUUACUCGCAACAUAACCUUACUGGAAUGGAAAGUAAACUACUGGAGAAAAUUUACAAUGGCAGAAAACUUAUGGCAGUUGAAGUAGUUAAUUCAACUAAAUCCAUCCUUAGAACUUCAGCAACUGAAAUUAUGGAUAGUGGAAAUAAUGAAAGAAACUCACCAGAGACAAGAAGUAUUUCGACAAAGUCCAAAAUAUUGGAUUCAUUUAACCCACUUUUUGAUUUAUUUCAUGAGAUGAUAAAUUCAAACUAUGCCAACAAUAGUGUUAUAGAACAACAAGAUAUGGAUAAAAAUGGCGCUGUCCGAAAGCCGAUUGCUGACUAUGAUAGCAAGUUGAGUAAAUUCGACUAUGCAGUCGUGGAUAAGAUGUCUACUGAAAAAAUCCUUACAAUGCAAGAUAUGAACAGUUUGUUAACUAUUGAUUUAGAAGGAAACUUGUUGGCCACAAACAUCCCAUGUCAUGCAUUUCUCGGAACAAUAUUCAGUAACGUUAAGAAUUAUUAUAAAGAACCAGUAACUGUUGCUGACUUUGUGGUAGCGGAGCUCUCUAUCUUUUGUAAGGGAAUUUUCUCCAGUUGUAAGGGACUAGACGUUAUGUUUCUGUAAUUGAUUUUAUUUGUUAGGGCAAUUAUCAAUAUUUUGUUAUUCUAUGUUUAGUUUUAAAUACAUAAUAAGUUUUUUUGAUAAUGGUGCUUUAUUUUUAAUUGUAUCAUUCUACGGGAAGAAAAUUAAAUACGUUCUCAUAUAAGUUA